CGUCCGUGCGUCGUCUGUGGGGCCAUAAAUAGCGCAUGCGCAGAUUUGACUUCCUUUCUGUGUCGGCUCGGAGACAAAAUGUCCCACCGGAAGUUUUCUGCUCCCAGGCAUGGGUCUUUGGGCUUUUUGCCUCGCAAGCGCAGCCGUCGCCAUCGAGGCAAGGUGAAGAGCUUUCCCAAAGAUGACCCCAGCAAGCCCAUCCACCUCACUGCUUUUCUUGGCUAUAAGGCUGGCAUGACCCACAUUGUCCGUGAAGUUGAUAGACCUGGAUCCAAGGUGAACAAGAAAGAAGUUGUAGAGGCAGUUACUGUGGUGGAAACUCCUCCCAUGGUCAUUGUGGGGAUUGUGGGCUAUGUAGAAACUCCCCGUGGCCUGCGCACCUUCAAGACCAUAUUUGCUGAGCAUAUCAGUGAUGAGUGCAAGCGUCGUUUCUACAAGAACUGGCAUAAGUCCAAGAAGAAGGCCUUCACCAAGUACUGCAAGAAGUGGCAGGAUGAGGAAGGCAAGAAGCAACUGGAGAAGGAUUUCAACAGCAUGAAGAAGUAUUGCCAGGUUAUCAGGGUCAUUGCUCACACUCAGAUGCGCAUGCUUCCUCUCAGGCAAAAAAAGUCUCAUCUGAUGGAGAUUCAGGUGAAUGGUGGAACAGUGGCUGAGAAGGUGGAUUGGGCCCGGGCAAAGCUGGAGCAGCAGGUGCCUGUGUCAAAUGUCUUUGGCCAGGAUGAAAUGAUAGAUGUCAUUGGAGUCACCAAGGGCAAGGGAUACAAAGGAGUUACUAGCCGAUGGCACACCAAAAAGCUACCCCGCAAAACUCAUAGAGGUCUGCGCAAGGUGGCCUGUAUUGGUGCAUGGCAUCCUGCUCGUGUGGCAUUCUCUGUGGCUCGGGCUGGUCAGAAAGGGUACCAUCACCGCACAGAAAUCAAUAAGAAGAUCUACAAGAUUGGCCAAGGAUACCAAAUAAAGGAUGGCAAGCUGAUUAAGAACAAUGCGUCAACAGAAUAUGAUCAGUCUGACAAAAGUAUUAACCCUCUGGGUGGGUUUGUCCAUUAUGGUGAAGUGACCAAUGACUUUGUCAUGCUGAAAGGCUGUGUUGUUGGGACCAAGAAGAGAGUUCUCACUUUGCGCAAGUCCUUGCUUGUGCAGACCAAGCGUCGGGCCCUGGAGAAGAUUGCUCUGAAGUUUAUUGAUACUACUUCCAAAUUUGGUCAUGGUCGUUUCCAGACAGCAGAGGAGAAGAAGGCUUUCAUGGGACCACUCAAGAAAGACCGUAUUGCCAAAGAGGAGACCGCAUAGAGUCUGGAAUAUUCUGCUUUUGGCCUGUAGUUUGUAAUAAAGCUACAUAUUUCAAAUUG